AUGAACAAAUACAAACGUCUAAAUAUUCCUCCCGACAUCGAGAAGAAUAGAAAAAGUUUGGAAAAGCACCAAAGACGCAGCCGCUACAAGGCAUUGUAUAUGAAGAGAAUUGCUCAGCGGUUAGACAAUGUUGGGUAUGAGGAAAAAGUUAUCCAGAUCCAUGGAGAACAGAUAUUGUUGCAGCAACUCCCUCAGGUAGAGAGAGAUUUUGUUGUUGGCUUUGCUACCGAUACAUUUCAUGGACCUUUUUUGUUAUCGUCAGCUGCUUAUAGGAUCAGACUUUUAUUGGUUAGAGGCUGUAACGACAAUCCCCCUAUCGAUAAACUUAUCGAUAGUGGGAUAGUAGAUCAUCUUGUUGAAUGUUGUCGAAAUAGAUCCCGACGCGGUCUUCGCAGAGAAGCUGCAAUGACUUUACAUCAAUUCAUUUUUCAUGGAACACAAGCACAACUACAGGAAAUGGUUAACCGAGAUGUUGUUCCUGUUUUUGUCCAAUUGCUUAAUGAUGAGGAGCAUAUGGAGUAUUUUUCUGAGGACUUAUGGGAUGAUGAAUUAAUUAAUCAGGUCUUGAAGAGUUUGGCUUUGUUGUCAACUAAAUUAGAUGUCGGAUGUGAUCUCGCUACAGCAUUUGUUGAUCAAGAUCUGUGUGGAAGGCUCAUGUUGUUUUUCGAGCAUCCUGAAAAUCAAAUGGUUGAUUGUGUGUUGACACUUGUGGACAACUUUCUUAUCAGAGGAAGUGAAGAUCAAAUUCAGGAUCUCCAUGAGAACCAAGUUUUGCAUCAUCUGAUGCGUGUCCUCGCCAAUCCUGAAUGGAACAAUCGCGCCAUCCUGAGUACACGAUAUAGGGCAGCAGAGACUUUAAGUAAUUUUGCUCGUCGUUCAACAAGGUGGAGGGACCUUGUUAUUGACACUUGUGCUCUCAACCCAUUGUUUCAACUUCUAGCUUCACUAUCACGUGAGGCCAGAGCUAAUAACGCGUCACCUGCUAUUAGAGCAACCAGGAUAUUGGAAAACUUAUGUUUUGGAAAUACACCACCAUCAUUUGAUAAGUUGAGGCCAUCAUUGCGAGUCCUCAGGUUUCUCGUUAAUAUUGAGCUUGUGCAUGGAAAGUGGCAUUCCCUGUUGCUAAGCGUGCUUGCUUAA